UCAGGGAGCAGCAGCGCCCCCUGCGGGGUUUACUGGGACCAGUCCCGGGUCAGAUGAUCCAGCUACAUUGUAAAUAGACAGCAGAGAUCAACCGCCGGGGCCAUGCCUUCAUAGACUCUUUAAAUCACCUCCGACAGAGCAGAUAUUUCCACUCGGAGACUCCUUAUCGUCUGACGGCGGUUCUCCAGCUGUUUCUGGUGGUUUGGGCUCGUUAAAGUGACAUUAAAGUAUGUACCGGUCUCUGUACGCCUUUCGAUCCGCGGAGCCCAACUCGCUGCACUUCGCGGCCGGAGAGAGCUUCCUAAUCCUGGAGAGGAGCAACAAACACUGGUGGCUGGGGUCCCGCUGCAGCUCGGGGGAAACCGGCUACAUCCCGUCAUCAUACAUCGAAAAAAUUCAGGCUCCAGAGCAGGAUGAGGUGUUGCAGUCUAUUGACAGAGCAAUCGAAGGAAUCCACAAUGUGGCCUUAAAGAACGGAGGCAAAUACAACCUGGAACAGAGAGAUGUGCUACAAAAGCUGAUCCAUCACAGAAAGGAGACGCUUGCACGACGAAGUUCCUCGUCCCCUGGUCACAAACAAGGUCUCCCCUCUUCCAGCAGUGAAAUAUCUCUCAGUCAAACUCCUCCUCCACCCAACGGCCUUAACCGAGACUAUGGACGACAGGGGAGCGUGCCGUUGUCAGGAAGCAUGGACAGUAUGCAGGCAGAGCAGGGCUUUUAUCAGGUGCCUCCUCAACCUCGACGUGCGGCUCCGAUCACCCCGCCCCCCCCUGAGAAACAGCGAAACAGCCGGCGUCUAGCAGAGCCGGAGGUCCCCUCCAGAGUGUCCUCUCUCCCUCCGUCCCCUGCCACCUCCCUCUCGAUCAGCACCACCUCUUUAGAGUCCGGCUCCUCCCACUCACCGGUCUCCUCUGAGGUCAGCUUGCCAAGUGUUUCCAGCACCCCUCCUCCUCCUGUGCCAUCCCGUGUGAAGCCCUCUGCGCCGCCUCUGGACGUGCCUCCCUCUGACUCCCCUCCUCAGUCAGCUCCUGCAAAAAAGAGCCCGGCUCCACAGCCUCCCAAACCCACCCCUCCUCCCUCGCAGCCUGCUGUUGAGGAGCAGCCAGAGAGUGAAUGGCCUGUUGCCCCCCCGUCUGUCGCUGAAAGCCCUCCUGGCAGCCCCGCUACCUCCGAGCCAGUUCCCAUGACUAUUGGGGCUGAACUGAUCGAGCUGGUCCGGAAGAACACCGACUUGAGUUACGAGCUGUCGCGGGUCGCCGUGGGCGUGGUGGUCGGCCAUCUGCAGACAGCCUUACCUCAGUUCUCCUCUGAUCUGGAGCAGGUUCUCCUCUCGCUGGUGGAAAGCAAGGAUCUGAGUGCAGCGCUGCCGCAGGGCCAGGUGUGUCAUGAUGAACAGAGGCUGGAGGUGAUCUUCAGCGACCUCACCCGUCACCGGGACGACUCUCAGCAGCGUAGCUGGGCACUUCAUGAAGACCACGCUCUCAUCGCGUGCUACCUCGAGGAGCUGCUGAAGAUUCUGACGGACGCCGAUCCAGAGGUGUGUAAGAGGAUGUGCAAGGCCAACGACUAUGAGAACGUGCUGUCGCAGGUUUCAUAUUACCAGAUGGAGCAUCGUGUGUCUCUGCGUCUGCUGCUGCUCAAAGUGUUCGGGGCCAUGUGUGGCCUGGAUGCUUCUCUCAUCUCUGCCCUCCUCAACUCCAUCCUCCCCAUGGAGCUGGCCCGGGACCUGCAGACUGACACACAAGAGCACCAGAAGAUGUGUUACACAGCUUUGGUACUUACUAUGAUCUUCUCAACGGGCGAACAGGUGCCAUAUCAUCACUACGAACACUUGAAUGCUGACUUUGUUCAGUUUCUGCUGGGUGUGGUGGAGGACGGGCUUCCCUCUGAUCCCACAGAGCAGCUGCCAGACAUCUUCCUCAACCUCCUGCUGUCCUUCAACCUGCACCACACAGCACCCAGCAGCAAUGUGAUCAUGCAGGAGCUGAAGAAGAAAAAUGUCAAGUUCCUGUCAGAAAAAGUGCUGCUCCUUCUGAACAGAGGCGAUGACCCUGUGUGUAUGUUCAAACACACCCCGCCUGCACCGCACUCAGUGCUCAAGUUUCUGCAGGAUGUUUUCGCCAGCAGAGAGACAGCUGACAUCUUCUACCGCACUGACAUGAUGGUGAUGAUCGACAUCGCCGUUCGACAAAUAUCUGACCUUUCACCUGGAGACAAGCUGAGGAUGGAGUAUCUCUCCCUCAUGCACUCCAUAAUACGCUCGACGGAUUACCUCGAGCACCAGCACCGCCUGACCGACCUGCAGGGGGUGCUGCAGAGGAUUCUCAGGGAGGAGGACGAUCCAGGAGAGGAUGACGGGAGCGCCACAGCGAAACAGAUGGAUAAGCUAAUUGUACAGCAGAUCUACAAGGAGUUCCCACAGAUCUUUGAGAACCAGAACUAACCGUAUCAGUAUCACGCUCACACACUGUAGUCUGCUCCCGUCUACUGCAGGGAGGCACAGUAAAGCUUGAGAGAGGAGAGCUGACGUUUGAUGGGACGCCAUGUUUUCUGUGCCAGCCUGUGCAGAGAGAAGCUAAUCAGUUUUGCCAAUGUUUUAAAGGACUCGUAGUCCAGAGCUGCAGCAUGCAUGUGAUGUUGAUCUAAGAAAGAUUUUCCUGUUUUUCACAGUUUUCCCUUCUCAGAUUUUAUUUGAAAAUAGCAUUUUUUUUCUCUGGUGUUCUUAUAUAGUUUAGAUUUUUUUAACUCAGAUUUUAUGGGGCACUUAUCUAUUGACAAUAUAUUUAAAAUAGUAGAUGGUGGUCAGUAUGCCCCCAAUUUAGAGAAGCAGGCUAGAGUCCGACAUGGAAGCCAAACAGUUUUACUGCUGUGGAGCAACAAAAUGUAUUUUAGCCACUUAAAAAAGUCCCAUAAAAAAAAUAAAAAAUCAAUUUUGGUUCAACUGUACACUAUAUUGACAGUAUUUUCAUUGCUUUAUGAAAUGAAGCAAUUAUAUGACUCUCUUAAAAGCCAGACUCCAUUAAAAAAAAGCUGUGAUUUAACAUCGCUGAGUACAGGAGCUGCUGGUCUACUGCCACCUCUAAUAGUUUGUUCUUGUUAUUGUGUGACUUUUGACUAAAGGUUAGUUUUGAUUCACCAAAGUCACAAUAAUACAAAAUAACUAACAAACUGACUGAAGCAGUGACAGAUCAGCAGCUCCUGUGUUCAGGGAGCUAAAAUUACUGUUUUUCUUAAUGGGAUUUGGUGGCUUUGACGAGAGUAUAGAUGGGAACUGCAGCUGUUAAUGGCUUGUCCAUUUCAAUAAGAUGUCUGACUGAAUGUGCAAAACAAUUAAUAUACUCUAAAUAUAGCACACCCUAGUGUUUUUGGGGUGGUACUUUUUUUAAGUGGAUAAAACACAUUUUGUUGCUGACCCUCAUCCACAGCAGUACGUUGCUUAGCUUCUGUGUCGGACUCCAGCCUGCUUCUCCAAACUGGGCGUGCCUACUGUCAUCUAUUGUAGGUAAUACAUUGACUGUGGAUAAGUACCUCAUGCAACACCAUUUCAAAAAAAUAGAACUAUCCCCUUAAUAUCGGGAAAAAUACAACAAAUGCACAAAGAACUUUUAGGUUAAGUCAUACUUGAAGAUUAAAAAUAGCCAAAAUGUAGGCCAAACCUUGGAGCUGUUUCACAGUGAAUUCCCAGCAAUAAUGACCUAAAAACAUACAAGAACUAACUGUAUGUACUCAUAGUACUUGGAGCCUAAACAGCAACCACGACUAAACCUUACUCUAACCAAAAUAUCUUCAACUAAAUUGUUUUUUUAGAACAAAUAAAAUAUUUUGAACGACAGAUUUAAAGUCACGUUACAGACAAAGGUGCCAUUAUUUGAAGUGUUGUGAGAAUACUUUAUGUGCUGUCCUUGUAGUGGGACCAAACUACUGUGUUACUGCAAGCAUGAUGUUCUUAAUAGAGUAUAAUACUCUUAAAAAAAACUUACUUCCACAUUCAUUCACCCCUUCUUUCAUUAUACUUACAACUGCAGUCAAGUAGAACAAGCUGAACAAGUUUACUGCUCUAGUGAGAAAAAAAGCACACUGACUCGUGUGUUAUCAUCAUGAAGCUUUUAUCUCAGUAACCUGCUGCUACAUACCGAGUCUCUCCUGUGGCUCCGUCUGCAGUUUUCUCACUGUGGUACUUUUCUCUCUUUGCUGCUUCUCAAACACUCCAAGAUGUUCACUCUGUACUUACAUAUGCAAAAGCUCCCUAGCAUCAGAAGUCAUCAGCUGUUUACAGAUUAAUGUCUGUACAUUGCAUUCACGUUCAAACUUUACCGUGCCGCAAUAAGGCUUUCUACAGCAACUUGUAAUAUCGCUGUAACACACUGAGUCUUGGCUGAAGCGGCUUCCUGGAGGGGAAAAUGUUUUGCGGUUAUUACUUAAGAUAAAACAUUAGUCAGUGUUGUUCAUUUCCAGUUAUUAUCUGAUGCUCCUGCUGAAAUUCAAUAGAGAGAGAAAACAGGGCAUUUCUUUUAUCUCCUCGUGGUUUUAAUACUUUAACAGCAACUUGUACUUUUCCUUGUUUCCUCCUCAUGAUGUAGUGAUUGAUGUUCUCCCGUUUUACACUUUAACAUCUCUGAUUUUAUCCCUGGCAUGGCCUCCUUGUCUGCAGAUGGUAGAAUCCAUAAACGAUAUCAGUUUUUAGUUAAUGUCCGAGUGUUUAUUCAUUAAAUCUUUGUGUGUCUGUUUACAGCCUGGGCGUGAGAGGUGAGCGUCUCUUCUUUCCGUGAUUAACAUGUCUGCAAAAGUGCUGCGACUGUGUUACAUUAAAACUAAUAAAGCUAUAUUUUAACAGUG